UGGGCUGGGCAGUCAGGGUUAAAAGGAGUGCAGGCCUAGUAGCACAAGGCUACAAAGAGCCCACACCUAAGACCACAUGAGCCACCGAGGUCUCGGUAACAUCAAGCCGGUAGUAUCUGACAAAGGGCUUUUGCAGAGGCCUGGGCCAUAGGAGGUUUGGAAGGAGAACGUAAAGAAAGGGAAUUAUGGCAGUUUAGAGAAAGACAGAAGACAAAAGAGAGUUUGGAUGCCAUGAGACUCAUCAAAGAAAAUGCUCAGAAGAAACCACGUGCUCGAAAGCAGCAGGAGAAGAAUGGUGUGUGUGGUUCUGUUCUGGGUUCUGUGGUUCCUCCGUCAUGUGUCUUUGUGUAUCGGGGCUUUGCUCAGUGUUUAGUGACUCUGGGGGAUGAGGUGAACAGUCAAAAUGACAACGACCCUGAUAUUGACUCUAUUUGCAGAUCUUGGGAUUCCUUCGAGCGGUGUGUGAGUAGCGUGCUGUCUGAAUGUCGAGGUAAUGCAGCAGAACUCUGGGAGUCUUUAAAAGUGGAGUCUCGAAGGACAGAGUUCUCGGGAAAUCUGUAUGAAAUGUGUGCCAGUCGCAUCCUGACAUCUCCUGGGACCGCGGUCACUACCGAUCAGAUUAAUCAGGAGUCACUGAAAGGCCAAGGUGUGAGCAGUGACCCUGUCUGUUCUGUGUGCUUGCUCAUGGCCUGUAUGUUCUGUGCACUGAUUUGGUUUGUUUAGGAGAUGCAACAAUGUCAUGAAAAUCACAUAUUUCAACAUAUUUUAACACAUAUUGUAUAAGAUAUAGAAUUACUUCAUUAAAUGAUUUUACUCUUAAGUAAGUAUUUAGUAGAUUCGUCUAAGUUUGAGAUAUUUUUACUAAAUUAUAACUUUUAAUGAUAAUUUGUAAUAAAAGAAUACUUAUUCAACCCCCCACUUGCAUUCUCAUUUCUAUAGAAAUACACUUUUAUGUACUUAUAAACACUUUAGUUAAUAAACAUCAGUCCAGCUCCUCGAUCAGGCAUCUUUUUCCUUCAUCCUCUGCUUGGGGAUCCAUCACUGUUGGUCUCUGAUAUAACAGUGGUUUUCAACCUUUUUUAAAGCAUGGCUUUUCUACAUUAAAAAAAUCCCACAGCACACCACCAACCAAAAUGUGUAUACAAUGUACACUGUAUAUAUCAUUGCAGUUUAAGCUCUCAAUUUGUUUAUAUUCACACACUGUGAAACAUAGGCCUGCUAAGAUGUACAUAAAUAAUUCAGAUUUAAGGUUGCUAGCUUUCAUACACCUUUGUGUUUAUUUCAUUAAAAUUGCCUGUUUCUCAUCGUGUUCACUCAGGCAUACAAAACAGUGUGCGUUCUUGUUUUAAAGUGAAGGAUGGUUUGUUUGGAAAUGGCAUUUCAGCUUGGGACCUUGGCACUGUUGGAGAGCUUUUCAGGUGCAGUCUGAUCUCCAGUAAAAGUAAAUCCAAACUAGGGUAAAAAAUAACUUUCAAUGUAUUGCCUCUAACUCACCGUUUUCACUUUCUUUUGACCACCACUCAUACUAGGGCCUUCAUCCGGGUCAGCAUUUUGUCCAGGGCCCAGUUUGUAGUUUUCACUUUUCCUUUUCGAAUAUUUAUUUAUUGCAGUCACUGCAGCUUUUCAAUUACUCUGGCAGUCAUUACAUCGCAGACACUCAACAAUCACAAAUUAUUUUUAGUAACUGCUGAAAUUAAUAAUAAGGUGGACCAAUUUAAGGGUAACUGGAUUUCCCAUGGAACACCUGAUGAUCUCUCACGUCACAAUGCACAGCGGUUGAAAGUCAUUGCCAUAGAGUGUUUCAUUUUUGUGAUUUGGUCUUUGAUUCAUUUAAGCGGUUUGUAUGUGGAGAAUAAAAUAAUAUGAGACUAGUUUUCCGUAAUCUGCGCUUUGGUUGCACAUCUUUGUUUGCUGUCAAAUCAAGUCGAUACUAUCGUAAGUUAUAAAUUUCCUUGCAAAAAAGCUCACGUAAUAUUUUCUUGUGUUUAUUUAAUCAAAGGGGUGGUGAUUUUUAAGAUGUUUAGCAAACGAUGUUCGAUUGUGAAAACCGGUACGAGCUAAUAGCUAACAUGCUAACAGAACUGUGCGAAAUGUGAAUGAAUAAACAAAUUAAUGUAAAGAUGUCAGUAAUAUUUUUUGAAUCCCUUUGUAUUUUGAAUCUUUGGUGUGUUUGCUUUUUGUAGUUUUACAGUCAAGGAAAGUGUGCAUUGCAUUAACACAAGAAAGAAUGUGUGAUGGAGCUUUAUUUCUGUUAGCUAACUGUCCAUGCUUUGUUCGGAACAGCUUUGCCAGGACGGAAUCAUAUGUUUUUGGGAGCA